GACCGUACGUUGUGAUGCUGGGUGCCUUGGCUUAUUCUCUUUAAACAGUUUUGUGGAUCAUCAUCACGAAGAUAUAGAAGAUCUGCCACGUUCUUCAUUAACCAUGCUGCUUUCUUCUGGAAAGCUCUUGUCCUCCUCGAGCACAAACAUCUUCCACUGGAUGAUACUUAUUCUUGUUGUGCCUCUUUUGUGGCUUCAGUUUGUAACGUCAGCGUUUAACGGAUAUGGCCAAGAAAUCCCUAUUCCUGCUGGUGUAAAGGCGAAUUACAUGAUUCGAAACCACCUCGGUUUCGGAACGUACAAGUACGGCUACGAUACAGGAUCUGGGCCGAAUCAGUCUUUCAGACAGGAAGAGAGAGCAGAGAAUGGUACAGUCCGGGGAAGGUGGGGAUAUGUGGAUCCCUAUGGUAGCCUCAGGGUGACGGAAUAUCUAGCAGAUGCUACUGGGUAUCACAUUUUAAGACAGCGAAUAAUAAAACCAGAAUUUGAAGAACCAAUAGUGAAACCACCCCGGCCUGUCGAGAAUCCACCUGGACCUUUCAUUGGACCUCUCCCUCCAUUUCUUUCUCGACCAUCACCAGACGAUAUAUGACUUCAUUUUGUCUUACUUAGUAUGGUUUUGCUAGCGAAGCCUGGGGUGGUAAACUAUUUUGCUUAAAGUAC